GACAGUCUGCUAGAGUCCGUGUUUCAGCUCUCCCGACACCAUGGGCACCCGAUACCUCCUGGCUCUGUUUCUUGUUCUCCUGGCAUUAGCAUUCGAGGUCCAGGGGACCCAUGAGCCCCAGGAAGAUGAGGCGGCCAGCACGCCCCUGCUCACCAAGAUGCAGGAAUCACUCCUUAGUUACUGGGAUUCAGCCAAAACAGCCGCCCAGGACCUGUACAAGAAGACAUCCCUGACAACCGUGGAUGAGAAAAUCAGGGACAUGUACAGCAAAAGCACAGCGGCUGUGAGCACUUACGCAGAGAUUCUAACUGACCAGUUCCUUUCCCUGCUGAAGGGAGAUUCGUAACAGCCGGGCCCCCAUUGUGGGGGAGCGGGGAGUGCAGACCCUAGCCACCCCUUGUCUCCACGGCACACCCCCCGCCCCCACUUCCUAGCAGCUCCAGGCAUGCUGCUCCCAAUUGUAGCCUGACUUCUCUCAAUAAAAAACGCCGUUUGUUCUCUUC